GGGAUUUGUGGUUGGUGAGCUGAAUUCCAGCUGCCUAGCAUUGACCUGUAGCUUAGAUCAUGGAGUGCUCCUUGGCCACGCCCUCCUUUUGAUUCUGUGCCUGUCCUCAAACUCCCCAAGAUGGCUUCUUUUGAGGGUUAGCACUUGCAAUAUUGUUCAACUAAUUCUACCUGAGAUUCUAGGAGUAUAGAUUGGAAUUUUGGGGGCUAUGAAGUGUUUCUCAUUUUCAAAUGGAGAUAAAAAUGGUGAAUCAAAGACUGCAAAGUCUACCUCGGGUCGCUCCUCCACUUCCACAUUAACUGAUCGAGAGAUGAGGAAAUCUGGAUCAGAAUUUAACUCCCAGAAUGCAUCAGAUGUAAGCAUUGAAUCGUCUACAAGGAUAUCAUUUACAACUCUGUCUCAAAAACCGAGCAAUCUCAGAGUCUUUACAGUGGCAGAGCUCAAGACAGCCACCAAAAAUUUUAGCCGGUCUCUUAUGAUUGGAGAAGGUGGGUUUGGUGGUGUUUAUAGGGGUGUUAUACGGGAUGCUGAGGACUCAAACAAAAAGAUUGAUAUUGCAGUCAAGCAACUCAGCAAAAGAGGAUUGCAGGGGCAUAAGGAAUGGGUCACAGAAGUAAAUGUCCUGGGGGUUGUUGAACAUCCAAAUCUUGUCAAGCUUGUGGGCUAUUGUGCUGAAGAUGAUGAGAAAGGGAUACAACGGCUCUUGAUCUAUGAAUAUAUGCCCAAGAGGAGUGUGCAGGAUCAUUUAUCAAGUCGGUUUCAGACACCUCUUCCAUGGAUUACAAGAUUAAAAAUAGCCCAAGAUGCUGCUCGUGGCUUGGUAUACCUCCAUGAAGGAAUGGAUUUUCAGAUUAUAUUCCGAGAUUUCAAAUCUUCAAAUAUCCUGUUGGAUGACCAAUGGAAUGCAAAGCUUUCAGAUUUUGGAUUGGCCCGGCUGGGACCUUCAGAUGGAGAUAGCCAUGUAUCAACAGCGGUUGUGGGAACUGUUGGAUAUGCGGCCCCAGAAUACAUCCAAACCGGCCGCCUCACAGCCAAGAGUGAUGUCUGGAGCUAUGGAAUCUUUCUCUAUGAACUUAUCACUGGUAGGCGUCCCUUGGACCGAACCCGGCCAAAGAAUGAGCAGAAGCUCUUGGAUUGGGUCAAGCCACACCUCUCUGAUAUAAAAAAGUUCGAAAAGAUUUUGGAUCCUCGACUUAAUGCAAGAUACUCACUCAAGUCUGCCCAGAAGCUUGCGGCGAUAGCCAACAGAUGCAUGGUGCGGAAUCCAAGAUCACGUCCCAAAAUGAGUGAAGUUUUAGGCAUGGUGAACCAAAUCGUGGAGGCAGUUGAAACCGGAAACCCUGAAGCCCCUAUAGGGAGCCCACCCAGAGAAGCUAACGAGAGUACUCUUGGAGAAGGUAUAAAAAAAUGGUUCGUUGAUCCUUUAGUGGGAGAAUACAGGUGGUUGAUGUUGCGUACAUGGAGGCGUAGGCCUAUACCGACUACUAGUUGAAUCAAAAGACAAGGAAAAAAACAAAAAAACUGACAACAUGUGCAUUUACUCACACAUUCUACCUGUUUUUAGUGCUUAACAAUUGUAGAGGUUUUCUAUUUUGUUUGGGAUCAAUGUGCAUUACUACAAAUGUUGAGAUCCUGCUGCUAGUGUUCUGUUGCUCCAAAGUAGGGGCAAUGUGUUGCAGUUUGUGUAAAUGGAUGUCGACUUCUGGGAGCAAACUUUGGAGUGUUACCAAUAAUUGGUCUCUACAUACAGGUUCAAAGGUAAAACGAAGACAAAUGCUAUAUCCCCAUUUGGGUUUUCUA